AUGUUGGAUGACAGUGAUCACCUGGAUAAUUCAAUACAUUCAAUAGACAAGCCUCCCUUAUUUCCCAAGUACGAUAGUAAUAUUCAAUCACCGGCGACGAACAACGAUGAGCAACAGCAUAAUGACGAUUUAACCGAUGAUGAUGUAGAGGCACCUUCUAUGCAAUCGGAAGAGAAUCGAUCUAUCAAAAAUUUAAGAAACAUUCUAUUUAAACCAGCUGAAUUCAUGGAAUCUGUGGAUUUGUCUAAUGUUACGCCGAGACACUUUCAGACUCAGUUCGAACCGGAUUCGGACGAUGACGAUAAUUCCACGACAAACAGAUUCUCUAUUGACUCUUCCGUAAUAAACCAGAUGGAUUUGGGUGAUAUAGAGGAAUCCAAAUUUAAAUACUUGCUGGCGUACCAGAAGAUGAAAAAGGCGAAACUGACUGAAGUGCGACCUGAAGAUGAUGUAAAUUCGGAAGCUGGGGAUGCUGGAAUCCCCUUGAAGGUAUUGGACAACUCGUCAGUAUUCAGUCUUAGCAAAUUAGAUGACUUCAGUAGAUUCGUUCGACUGUCAGAAAUUAAUGAUGCUAUCUAUAAGAAAUUUUCGAAGAAGCAUGCUGAAGAUAUCGUAAACAAUAACGUAUUGGACAUAUUAUCGCCUACUGGUUUAGGAAAGGAUUAUGUUGGUAAUUUUGAUGACGAUCAGAACUCAUCUAAGGUGCGAGAAGUUAGAAAGAAGUUUGUAAAAUCAAAUAAGAGUUCAUGGUAUAAUUUGGACUGGCAAAGAAAGCCGACUGCCUUGAAGAAAAAGAAUACUGAAAUUCAAGAAAUAUCAUUCCAGUCGGCAACGCCUUCGUCGUCGACAGACUCUGCAGGUGGAGCAGGAACUAGCAGUGGUGUUAACAAUGACGCUAGGGAUGACGAAAAGCCCAUGACUUUACAAAGGAAAUUAAAAGUCAGACACUUACAAAUGAUUUCAUUUGGAGGUACAUUGGGAGUAGGUUUAUUUUUAAACAGUGGGAAGGCGCUUACUUUAGCUGGUGGCUUUGGGACGCUUCUUUCAUUUAUUAUUUGUGGGAUUAUCGUGUUGACCACUAUGAUUUCUUUCUGCGAAAUGGUUACAUUUGUUUCCGUGAUUGAUGGUGUAUCAGGGUUAAGUUCAAGAUUUGUCGAUGAUUCGUUUGGAUUUGCAGUUGGAUGGCUCUACUUCUUCAGUUUUGCUUUUGGACUCACGGGUGAGAUCGUGGCGAGUGUCAUUAUGUUGAGUUACUUCCCACAGUUGAAGAUUUUGGAUAAUAAAGCAUCUUGUGCUGGAUUUGUGACGUUAUUUCUCGUGUUGAUCUUUGCCAGUAACUUAAUUGACGUCAGGGUAUUUGGUGAAGUAGAAUACAUUUCGAGUUUUAUAAAAUUGAUCAGUUGCUUAAUGAUGAUUAUAGUUAUGAUUGCAUUAAACACAGGGUCCAUUGGCUCAGGUAAGCAGCUUGGAUUCAAAUAUUGGACCUAUAGUAAAUCAGACUUUUCUGGAAAUUUAAUAUUUGGCUUGUUUAGACCUACAUUCAAUUUACAAGAUGACGGUACUAACCAAGGCGGAAUUGGAGGAGACAAAGGGAGAUUUCUCUCACUAUUAGUAGCGGUAUUGGUAGUUUCUUAUGCUUAUAGUGGUACUGAAAUUGUCUGUAUUGCUGCAUGUGAAGCGCAGAAUCCUAGAAAAGCAUUACCAUCGGCAACUAGAAGAGUAUUCUGGAGAAUAUUAAUCUUCUAUUGUUUAUCUGCAUUUGUGGUAUCAUUGAACGUAUAUGCUGGCGACCCAAGAUUAUUAAGGUACUAUCUGGGAAGCACUGGGGUUUCUGAUGAUCAAUUUGCCAACAAUUAUGCAAUUCAAUACGUAGGGGGAGCAAAUUGUUAUGACCUGACCACAAUUUUUGCUGGAUAUGGAACUGGAUCUCAGCUGCCUUGGAUUGUAGCUUUGCAAAGUGCUAAGUUGUGUAAUUUUGCAUCUGCAAUCAAUGGGUUCUUGGUCUUUUUUGCAGUUAGCUGUGGUAAUGCUCAAUUGUAUGUUAGUUCAAGGACAUUGUAUUCUUUGGCUUUACAGAAGAAGGCACCAAAAUUUUUGACCUACUGUAAUGCACAGGGAAUUCCAUACAACGCAGUUAUAUUUUCAGGUUCGUUCGGUUUUAUUGCAUAUCUUUGUAUAAACGAAGGUGCUACUAAUAUUUUCCAAAAUUUAACCCUGAUUAUUUCAUCUUCGGGAAUAAUUGUUUGGUUUGCAAUGUGCUUAUCAUUUAUAAGAUUUUAUUAUGGCUUAAAGAAAAGACCAGACAUUAUGAGUAGAGAUGAUAAAUCGUACCCCUACAAAUCCCACUUCCAACCUUACAGUGCAAUCAUUGGAUUAGUUGGUUCUGGACUAAUUAUUUUCUUAAUGGGCUUUGUGGUUUUCCUAAAGGGAGAAUGGGAUACCUUGUUCUUUUUUGCGAGCUACGGAACAUUGAUGGUUUUUGCUGUCUUAUACUUUGGGCAUAAGUUUAUCAAGGGAACUAGAACUCCAAGCUUAGAAACAAUUGACUUUGAUUCUGGAAGAAGAGAAAUGGACAGGUACAUUUGGGAUGGUGGUAGAGAAUACAAUUUAAGAAGUGUAAAGGACAUAACCCAUAAAUGGGCAUCCUUUUUAGCAUAG